UUGUUUAUGUCCAUUUGUAAAUAAUAAUUCCAAUAAUUAAAUACACGGAAAAUAUAGAUUAUAAUUUUCAAAAUAUAAUAAUGCCUCGACAAUUGUGGGGUGAAUUUAUUGAGGAAGAUAAAUCCCUCAAAGAGGAUGAUAACAAAAUGAUACCCUUAGGUGCCAAACGUAUUAAGUUAACAGAAAUGCAAAACCAGCAACCCACGGAAGCUAGCAAAAAUGUUUUAGUUAAAGUUAAAAAUCCUCUGGUGACACAAACCAUAGAAGUAAUGAAACAAACAGAAAUGUUACAAUCAUUAAUCGAUACAUACUCCAACAAAUCGGGGACAUCAAAUUAUUUACUUAAUCCUUGUCAAAUGAUACCUGAAGUUGAUUUUCCACCAGAAAAUGCAGCUGAUUUCGUUUCAGAUGAUAAAUUCACCAAACCCAUUUGGUUUGUACCCCCACAAGACAGCGACUUUGCUAACGGUGUACCGCAACAUUAUCCUCAGGUCAAUUCUGAAAUAUGUAGAGCUUCAUUACGUAAAGCCGUUUGUGGUCAGAUGAGAGUGGCUGGAUUUACAGACACCGCUGAAUCUGCGCUAAUCUUAUUUGCGGAUGCUUGCGAAGAAUUCAUACUCAAUCUAAUGCAACAUGUUAGAGAAGUGCAUGCAAAUGAUGUUAAUUUAGAAACACAGCGCGAUAUUGAAGUAAAGAAUUUAGAAAAGGCCUACUACUCCAUGACGAAUAAUUCAUUGACACAAGUUCAUAAUUACUUUAAACAUCAUUUGAUUGCUCGCAAUCGUAUGGAAAUAGCCGAAUUUAAUGGUGCCUUCCAGGAGUACGACAAAUUAAUGAAGGAGAGUCAGAAUAUGCAAAAAGAAGAAUUUCAGGAAGGCGAUUUUAUGAAUAUCUUCGAAAUGCCUGCAACAUCUGAUAACAAUACAAUAGCUAUGCAGGAUUUUAAUGGUGUAGUAACCGCUAGCGGAUCCGGAGGCAGUGUCAAUGCAAGUGGUGGUAAUAAUGUUAAUGUAGUUAAUCAAAAUGCAUUAAUGAGCCUAUUGGAAGGUCAAAAUCAAAUAGCAGUACAACAAGACUCUCAUCCCGCAACAGUUGAUAUUCAUUCAUAUAGUACAGAAAUUAAUGCAAACUUUCAUAGUCAUGAAUAAAAAAGAUUU